AUGGAGUGCGUGCACGCCCUGCAGCGCCUGGUGGAGCAGCUCAAGCUGGAGGCCGGUGUGGAGAGGAUCAAGGUCUCUCAGGCCGCUGCAGAGCUCCAACAGUACUGCGUGCAGAACGCCUGCAAGGAUGCCCUGCUGGUCAGCGUUCCAGCGGGAAGCAACCCCUUCCGAGAGCCCAGAUCCUGUGCUUUAUUCUGAAGACU